AUGAAAGGCAUCAAUUUCAAGACGCGAAUUCCAUACGAAAUAGUGAGUGAGUGUUCUGCGUUUUCUGUCGAAGGAAAGAAUGGUAAAGUCACAGUCAAGUUGAACAUACCGUCUUGUGACUUUGUAGCACACAAAGGGUGGAGUUUUAAAGGGUCGUGGGUUGGGUUGUAUGUAGUUGACCGCGACCAAGAUUACAAUUAUGUAGAUUCGAUAUAUCCCGAGACGGAGAAGUCUGUUGUGACGUUUACAGGCGUUAUUGAUGGGAUAUAUGAAGUCCGCUAUUUUAGUGAUGAGUACCAUCGGAUUACACAAUACACUGCAAAGGUUGUUGUAGGGACGUUAGUUGUACCUAAGAAAGUCGAAGAGAUAUUUGAUGCCAAGAGACGAGUCGUUGAAGUCACUUUUGAUUGUCACGAGUUGCUUGACAUGGAUUGGUUUGGGUUAUUUCUCGCGAGUGAAAAAAGUCAAAAAAAGCCGUUAUGUACGAAGAUGGUGUAUUCCCAGUGUGAGAAGUAUACAAUCGAUUUGGGCGAGUUACAUUUGGAGACGUGUCUGUGUGAUGGAAAUCGAUAUGUGACGCCCAUUGUCUUUCAAAUCAGAUAUUUUCGACAACACUCGACUCGGUAUGAUAAAAAGAUGACGUUCACGUUUGUCCCGUCGGGCAUUAUUAAUUGUGUAUUUAGUAUAGGGAGAGUCAAAGCACUUUUAGCGUGCGGAAAUUCUGAUAUAGUCGUGAUGUAUAAAACUACAUCAAACAAUUUCUUUGUCGCUGUUAAGGAUGACCACAACGUCACAGUCUUCGAAGAAAAAUUUGUUAAUCAGUCUUAUGACGGAGAAUUACUGUUGAAAAUCCCAGAGAACGUUGUACUGAGUGGAACAUACUAUAUCUUUCUCUUGGCUGCAGAGACUAGACGUAUCAUUGCUAUUUCUGAAGCUCUUUUGAUUUAA